AUGUUGAAAAAGGCAGAGUCCCUGAAGAUGGUUGAUAGUCUGCAGAUGGGAGAGCAAACACAACCAGGAUCUGCAGAUUCUCCAGAAGACAAGGGCACAGAUUUGAGAAGGAAGAGGAAGGAGCAGUCAGAACUGCCCAACAGCCAGGGCACUGCUGCCAAUAAACACACAGAAGGUGUGGCAGACCACUGGAUGCUGCUGGUACACUGGAGCCAUGGUCCCAGCAACCUAGUGACACAGGAGAGGCAGGGAAAGAUUGGAAACCUGGAAGAUUACUACCAUUUUUAUCAUAGCAAAACCUUUAAAAGAUCUACCUUGAGUAGCAGAGGCCCUCACACCUUCCUCAGAAUGGACCCCCAGGUAAAAUGGCUCCAACAACAAGAAGUGAAGCGCAGGGUGAAGAGACAGGUGCGAAGUGACUCACAGGCACUUUAUUUCAACGAUCCCAUUUGGUCCAACAUGUGGUACCUGCAUUGUGACGACAAGAACAGCCGCUGCCGGUCGGAAAUGAACAUCCAGGCAGCAUGGAAGAGGGGCUACACGGGGAAAAACGUGGUGGUCACCAUCCUAGAUGAUGGCAUAGAGAGGAAUCACCCUGACCUGGCCCCAAAUUAUGAUUCCUAUGCAAGCUAUGAUGUCAAUGGAAACGACUAUGACCCAUCACCACGAUAUGAUGCCAGCAAUGAAAAUAAACACGGGACUCGUUGUGCAGGAGAAGUUGCUGCUUCAGCGAACAACUCUUACUGCAUCGUGGGCAUAGCAUACAACGCAAAAAUAGGAGGCAUCCGCAUGCUGGACGGCGACGUCACAGACGUGGUGGAGGCGAAGUCGCUGGGCAUCAGACCCAACUACAUCGACAUAUAUAGUGCCAGCUGGGGGCCGGAUGACGACGGGAAGACGGUAGACGGGCCUGGCCGGCUGGCCAAGCAAGCUUUCGAGUACGGCAUUAAAAAGGGCCGGCAGGGCCUAGGCUCCAUCUUUGUCUGGGCAUCUGGAAACGGUGGAAGAGAGGGGGACUACUGCUCAUGUGACGGCUACACCAACAGCAUCUACACCAUUUCCGUGAGCAGCACCACCGAGAAUGGCUACAAGCCCUGGUACCUAGAGGAAUGCGCCUCCACCCUGGCCACCACCUACAGCAGUGGAGCCUUUUACGAGCGGAAAAUUGUCACCACGGAUCUGCGUCAGCGCUGUACCGAUGGCCACACUGGGACCUCAGUUUCUGCCCCCAUGGUGGCUGGCAUCAUCGCCUUGGCUCUAGAAGCAAACAGCCAAUUAACCUGGAGGGACGUUCAACACCUGCUAGUGAAGACCUCGCGGCCGGCCCACCUGAAAGCGAGUGACUGGAAAGUCAACGGUGCUGGCCAUAAAGUUAGCCAUUUCUAUGGAUUUGGCUUGGUGGAUGCAGAAGCUCUCGUCGUGGAGGCGAAGAAGUGGACAGCUGUGCCGUCACAGCACAUGUGUGUGGCUACCUCGGACAAGAGGCCCAGGAGCAUCCCCAUAGUGCAGCCGCUGCGGACCACAUCUCUGACCAGCGCCUGUGCCGACCACUCGGACCAGCGGGUAGUCUACCUGGAGCACGUGGUGGUUCGCAUUUCCAUCUCGCACCCGCGCCGGGGAGACCUCCAGAUCUACCUGAUUUCUCCCUCAGGAACCAAGUCUCAGCUCUUGGCAAAGAGAUUGCUGGAUCUCUCCAAUGAAGGAUUUACAAACUGGGAAUUCAUGACUGUCCACUGUUGGGGAGAAAAGGCUGAAGGGCAGUGGACCUUGGAAAUCCAAGACAUGCCAUCCCAGGUCCGCAACCCGGAGAAGCAAGGGAAGCUGAAAGAAUGGACCCUCAUUCUGUAUGGCACGGCGGAGCACCCUUACCACACCUUCAGUUCCCAUCAGUCCCGCUCACGGAUGCUGGAGCUCUCGGCCCCAGAGCCGGAGCCGCCCAAGGCUGCUCUGUCACCCUCACAGGUCGAGGUUCCUGAGGACGAAGAAGAUUACACAGCUCCUUCCACCCAAGGCUCUCCUAAUAUUUUACAGACCAGUGUAUGCCAUCCGGAGUGUGGUGACAAAGGCUGUGAUGGCCCCAAUGCAGACCAGUGCUUGAACUGCGUCCACUUCAGCCUGGGGAACGUCAAGACCAGCAGGAAAUGCGUGAGUGUGUGCCCCUUGGGCUAUUUUGGGGACACAGCUGCAAGACGCUGUCGCCGGUGCCACAAAGGGUGUGAGACCUGUUCUGGCAGGAGCCCAACACAGUGUCUGUCCUGUCGCCGUGGGUUCUAUCACCACCAGGAGAUGAACACCUGUGUGACCCUCUGUCCUGCAGGAUUUUAUGCUGAUGAAAGUCAGAAAAACUGCCUUAAAUGCCACCCGAGCUGUAAAAAGUGCACAGAUGAACCCGAGAAAUGUACAGUCUGUAAAGAAGGAUUCAGCCUUGCACGGGGCAACUGCAUUCCAGACUGUGAGCCAGGCACCUACUUUGACUCUGAGCUGAUCCAGUGUGGGGAAUGCCAUCACACCUGUGGAACCUGUGUGGGGCCAGGCAGAGAAGAAUGCAUUCACUGUGCAAAAAACUUCCACUUCCAAGACUGGAAGUGUGUGCCAGCUUGUGGUGAAGGAUUCUACCCAGAGGAGAUGCCCGGCUUGCCCCAUAAAGUGUGUCGAAGAUGCGAUGAGAACUGCUUGAGCUGUGAAGGCUCCAGCAGGAACUGCAGCAGGUGCAAGACGGGCUUCACACAGCUGGGGACCUCCUGCAUCACCAACCACACGUGCAGCAACGCUGACGAGACGUUCUGUGAGAUGGUGAAGUCCAACCGGCUCUGCGAACGGAAGCUCUUCAUUCAGUUCUGCUGCCGCACGUGCCUCCUGGCCGGGUAGGAACACCCAGCUUCCCUCAGAAGGCAGGGCCCUUCUGUCCGUGCAUCCGUCCGUCUACCUUCCUCCAGACUGUCAGCCAGAGCCUGUUUGGAGGGCGGUACCCUGCAUCUGACAGCUUUAUCUCCCCAGGAGCAAGGUCCUCCUGCAGCAUCUCUGGGCACCAAAACCAGGGGGGUGGUGACCCUUCAGGAGAUGUUCCAAAAUGGUGACAUCCUCUCAAACGCUGCUUGCUGGCUACCGUCUUCUGACAAACUCUCAACAGGAACAAAAUGAAUUCUGGGAAUCCACAGCUCCAGCUUCGGAGCAGCUUCUGGGACUAUAAGUUUACUGAAUCUUCAAGACCAAAGCAGAAAGGAAAGACGCUUGGCUUACCCAUCACUCUUCUCCCGUGCCGUGCUUUUGUGCAGCCCGUCGUCAAUCUCCCUAUCCCGGCCGGCGACCUCUGGGCCAUUCUCACACGUGACAAAGGGCCAGCAGUUCACCCGCUCAUCGCCUGCCAUGGAGUAGUCUGGGGGACAUUUUGGUCAGGCUGUAAAUAAAGUAGAUUUGAGGGCAUAAGAUGUAUGAGCACUGGGAUGGAGUAUCUGUUUCUACAUAGUCAGCUACUUCUGAAACUGCAGCAAGUGGCUUAGAAAGUCACAUUCCAAACCCAGAACAGAAGAUUAUUUCUCUACAGCAUUCUCCUUGUGGUGAGCCAAGCUCUCCUUGUUACUGUGUUCUACCUGUGUCUCCAGGGGUCUCAUGGGCCUGAACGACCACCUCUACCUGAAGCAGAACCUUUUGAGGAGGGCCUGCGGGAGGCAUUCCAGGGCCAGCCCAAAGGGACCCGAGGGCUGAGCAAUUCCUCUUAGCAAAAUGUAAACCCAGCCCAUGAGUUGUUAAUUAUCCACCACUUCCCGUUUUAUGGAAUUGCUUUUAAAAUACAUUUGGCCUCUGUCCUUCCGGAGACUUGUUCUUAAGGUGUAUGCUCCUGUGUCUGUGUGUAUUAUGAGCCUACAUGACACAGUUGGAUUUAUUCUGCCAAACCUGUGUAGGCAUUUUAUAAGCUACAUGUUCUAAUUUUUACCAAUGUUAAUUAUUUUGACAAAUAUUUCGUAUAUUUUCAUUGAAAUGCACAGAUCUGCUUAAUCAAUUCCCUUUAAUAUGGGAGUAACAUUUGCCUUAAAUUUUUUCAACCUCAUCUUUCUCCAUAUUGUCCUGCUCCCUCUCUGAGUCCAGUGCAUCUGCCUUGUCACCUGUGAGCUGGAGAGAAGCCAGCAGUUUAUUGAAUCCACAACUCCAAAAGAGAAAUCAACGAAGCAAAUACAAUGUUAACCCAAAAUUAAUAAAAGAGUUAACAUCCCAUGGCA